CCAUCACACAGAACCUGUUCCUUUAUGGGAUUGAUUUCACGUCUGCAACCUUCUCCUGCGCCUUCAUCAACAUGGUGCCUGCUAUCACAUUCUUACUGGCUCUACCAUUCAGGCUAGAGAGCGUGAAGUUGAAGAGCAAGAGCGGGAGAGCCAAGGCAAUGGGUACAAUGGUAUGUGUUGGUGGUGCCAUGUUGCUGAUACUUUACAAAGGAAUACCAUUAACGAAUCCAAUGAUGAUGAACUCGAAGCAGAACCACCUGCAGAAACCAUCACGUAACUAUGCCCAGCCAACGAACAAGCUGGGGCCACCGCCACCCUCCUUUUCCCCCAGCGAGGGGGCACCUGAGAGAUGGACCAUCGGUUCACUGGCUUUGGUUGCUGGCAGCAUCUGCUGGUCAUCAUGGUUCCUUCUCCAAGCAAAGAUUGGGAAGCACUACCCAUGCCACUAUUCUAGCACAGCAAUAAUGUCAUUCUUCAGCGCCUUUCAAUCUGCUCUGCUAAGCUUCCUCUUUCACAGGGACAUUUCCAUGUGGAUCCUCAAAGGCAGAGUUGAGAUCUUGACCGUCCUUUAUACUGGAAUCAUGGGAUCAGGCUUAUGUUACGUGGGCAUGGCAUGGUGUGUCAAGAAAAGGGGUCCACUUUUCACUGCAGCAUUUAGUCCCCUCAUUCAAAUCGUUGUAGCCAUGUUUGAUUUCUCCAUCCUACAUGAACAACUUCACAUUGGAAGCAUAUUGGGAUCCAUUCUCGUAAUCGUCGGCCUCUAUGUUCUUUUGUGGGGUAAGAGCAAAGAGGCACAAGAUAGUGUGACAAUGAGGCCCCGAGUAGAAGCAGCAGAUGAGCAAGGAGAUCAAGCAACACAUCUAUGACACAACAUCAUCAUCAUCACAAUUGAUGUUCCUCCUUAAUUAAUUUUGGUUCCUUCAAGUGGGAAAUUCUUUGCUAAACUCGCUUCAUAGAGAUUUCAUACUAUCUGAUCAAAGUUCUCAUUGGUAGUAGAAGAUAAAUUCUAAACUAUUCUAAAGACAUCAAUAAACACAUGAAUGGGCACGAGCGAAUGCAAGAUGGAUGUUAUCGCCAUGCUUUAUAUUUUAGUAUUUAAAGUGUUGGAAUUAUUAUGUUCA